GGGUGCGAUGGAGCGGGUGAGCGGCUCCAUGAAGCAGGUGCCCAACCCGCUGCCCAAGGUGCUCGGCCGGCGCGGGGCGGGCGGGGGCCCGGAGGCGGCCGAACGGGACGGCUUCGAGAGGACCCAGACCGUCAGCAUCAAUAAGGCCAUUAAUACACAGGAAGUGGCCGUGAAGGAGAAACACGCCAGAACAUGCAUCCUGGGGACCCACCACGAGAAGGGGGCGCAGACCUUCUGGUCCGUGGUGAACCGCCUGCCUCUGUCCAGCAAUGCCGUGCUCUGCUGGAAGUUCUGCCACGUGUUCCACAAGCUGCUCCGGGACGGCCACCCCAAUGUCCUGAAAGAUUCGGUGAGGUUCAAAAAUGAGUUGAGUGACAUGAGCCGGAUGUGGGGCCACCUAAGCGAGGGGUACGGGCAGCUGUGCAGUAUCUACCUCAAACUGCUGAGAACCAAGAUGGAGUUCCACACCAAAAAUCCCCGCUUUCCUGGCAACCUCCAGAUGAGUGACCGGCAGCUGGACGAGGCGGGAGAAAAUGACGUCAACAACUUUUUCCAGCUGACGGUGGAGAUGUUUGACUACUUGGAAUGGGAGCUGAAUCUGUUCCAGACUGUGUUCGGUUCCUUGGACAUGUCUCGCUCAGUGUCGGUGACGGCGACCGGGCAGUGCCGCCUGGCGCCCUUGAUCCAGACCAUCCUGGACUCCAGUCACCUGUACGACUACACCGUGAAACUCCUCUUCAAACUCCACUCCUGUCUCCCAGCCGACACCUUGCAGGGACACCGGGACCGCUUCGUGGAGCAGUUCAAAAAGUUGAAAGAUCUGUUCUAUCGCUCCAGCAACCUGCAGUACUUCAAGCGGCUGAUCCAGAUCCCCCAGCUGCCAGAGCACCCCCCAAACUUCCUCCGAGCCUCCGCCCUGUCGGAGCACAUCAGCCCCGUGGUGGUGAUCCCGGCGGAGGCCUCGUCCCCGGACAGCGAGCCCAUCCUCGAGAGGGACGACCUGGUGGAGAUGGACACCACGUCCCAACAGACGUUCGACAACAGGUUCGAUGACAUCUUCGGCAGCUCAUUCAGCAACGACCCCUUCAACUUCAACAGCCAGAACGGCAUGAACAAGGACGACAGGGACCGCCUGAUCGAACAACUGUACCGAGAGAUCAGUGCGCUGAAAGGAGAGCUGGACAACUGUAAAGCGGAGAGCCACUGCCUCGCGGUGCAGCUGAAGGGGCGGAUCAGCGAGCUGGAGGCCGAACUGGCCGAGCAGCAGCACCUGAGGCAGCAGGCGGCCGACGAGAGCGAGUUCCUGCGGGCCGAGUUGGACGAGCUGAAGAAGAGGCGAGAAGACACCGAGAAGGCCCAGCGGAGCCUGACGGAGAUCGAGAGGAAAGCCCAGGCCAACGAGCAGCGCUACACGAAGCUGAAAGAGAAGUACAGCGAGCUAGUCCAGAACCACGCCGACUUGCUCCGCAAGAACGCUGAGGUGACCAAGCAGGUGACAGUGGCCAGACAAGCCCAGGGGGACGUCGAGCGGGAGAAGAAAGAACUGGAGCACUCCUUCCAGCGUGUCAGUGAGCAAGCCCAGAGGAAGACUCAAGAACAGACCGAGGUUCUGGAGACUUUAAAGCGAGAACUGGCAGCCAGCAAACAGGAGCUCCAGACCGUGAAGGGCACACUGGAGACCUCUGCCCAGUCCGAAGCGGAGCGGGGGGCCCAGCUGGCGGGCCUGGAGGCGGAGAGGGCCAGCCUGGUGGAGGCGGCCGGGCGCCGAGAGGAGGAGACGGCAGCCCUGCGCGCGGAGCUCCAGCAGCUGCAGGUCACCCGGAGCCGGGAGCAGGAGAGCACCAGGUGCACCCUGGAGGAGCUGCGCGCCCAGCUUGGGGAGAAGGAGGGCAGCGAGCAGGCCCUGCGGAGGCGACUGGAGGAGGAGCGAGGUGCCCUGCUCCGGGCGGCCGUGGAGGAGGCGGAGGCCGUGGUGCAGGACGCGCUGAACCGGCUCGAGGAGCCGGCCCACAUCAGCUGCAGCGGCUCAGCAGAUUAUCUCCUGUCCAGGACGCUGGCCGCUGCCGGCUGCAUAGAGCGGCUUCAGGAGGCCUGUGACCGGUACCUGGCCCACCCAGAGGAGGUGAGCGGGCUGGUGCGCUCCGUGGCCCUCUUCGCCCACCUGAUUGGCGACACCAUCCUGCAGGGAAGUGCCACCUGCCACACAGCCCCCAUGGAGCCCGCCGACAUGCUGGCCGAGCUGUGUAAGCAGUGUGGAGGGGAAGCCCUUCUCUACCUGGCUUCCCUGAAGGACGCCGCCUCCAUCGGAAGCGCCGACUGCACGGCCGUGAGGAACUGCGUGAGCAAGAUCACCGCCAUCGGCGAGGAGCUAAGACCCCGAGGCCUGGACAUCAAGCAGGAGGAGCUGGGGGACCUGGUGGACAAAGAGCUGGCCGCCACCUCGGCCGCCAUAGAAGCCGCCACCACGAGGAUAGAGGAGAUGCUCAGCAAGUCACGCGCCGGAGACACCGGGGUCAAACUGGAGGUGAACGAGAGGAUUCUCGGCUCCUGCACCGGCCUGAUGCAAGCCAUUCAGAUCCUCGUGGUGGCCUCCAAGGACCUGCAGAGAGAGAUUGUGGAGAGCGGCAGGGGUGCCGCCUCCCCCAAGGAGUUCUACGCCAGGAAUUCUCGAUGGACCGAGGGCCUCAUCUCGGCUUCCAAGGCCGUGGGCUGGGGAGCUACCGUCAUGGUGGAUGCGGCCGACCUGGUGGUUCAAGGGAAAGGGAAAUUUGAGGAACUAAUGGUGUGCUCGCACGAAAUCGCGGCCAGCACUGCCCAACUGGUGGCCGCGUCCAAGGUAAAAGCGGACAAGGACAGCACAAACCUGGCCAAGUUGCAGCAGGCCUCCCGAGGGGUCAACCAGGCCACCGCUUCCGUGGUGGCUUCAACCAAGGCUGCGAAAUCACAGAUCGAGGAGACGGACACCAUGGACUUCUCCAGCAUGACCCUGACUCAGAUCAAGCGGCAAGAGAUGGAUUCUCAGGUCAGAGUGUUGGAGCUGGAAAACCAGUUGCAGAAAGAGCGCCAGAAGCUUGGAGAUCUGCGAAGGAAGCACUACGAGCUCGCCGGCGUGGCCGAGGGCUGGGAUGAGGCCGCGGACUAGACACGCCGGGGGAUCCUCGGGGCAGCAGCCGUCCACUCCCGUUGGCCAGCGCCAGGGGCCCGGGCGGCCCCUCCUGACGAUCCGCUCCCAGCCCGGCCCAAAGCACACGCCUACCGCUCCCCCCGACCGGGCACCCACCCCGGCCCCCAGCCACCCGAGAUUCUCAGAGAGGGGAAAGGGUCACGCUGGCCUGCAAGGGCUCCGCCACAGUGGGCUUAUUUAUUUACUUAUUUUAUGGGCAGGGGGAGGGAGGGGGUUGGGGGGAGGGAGGAACCGCACUCAUCUCCUUUCUGUUUUCUUCUCAACCUUUUCCGUUUCAUCGUCGGCCCCAACUCGAGGGGUGCAGGGGAGGAGCUGAGAGUCAGAGGGCUCCAAGCCAGAGCCUCUCCGGUGGCUCUGCUCUAGCCUGAGUUUGCCAAGGCAGAUUCUCGCUCCCCCCGUGGUGCUUCCCAACAACUUCCUGGCUCAUCCUUCUGUUCCCAAAGCAAACUCUGCAAAAGGAGUCAUGUCCGGAGCUGUCCAUUUGGCCCCGGCCCCGAACGGGCCGGCGGCCGGCCAAAGGUUAACUGGGCCGGCCGGGCAUUGGCGAGGGGCUCCCCGUGGCGGCCCCCCGGAACCCUGUGCCUUUCCUUGCCUCAGCUGGAAAAGGAUCAAGUGUGCUUAGCGAGCGCCGGGAAGUCCACGUUGCCUCGGUUUUCCCCACGGCCCUUCCGCCCGGCCAUCGCUCCGUCCCGGCCAGCACCGGAAUGGUGGGAGAACGGUGACUUCCCCCGAAACAUUCGCCGCAGUGUCUUCUCAAAUGGACCUGGGGGGCGGUGGCUCCGCCUCCUCCAGGAGACCACCCUGAAGCUCCUCCCCAGCCGCAACCCGAACAUCCUCCGGGCAGCCCAUCACAGACCCUUCCUGCUACUUAUUACCCCCUCACCCACAACCAGCGCCUGAGGAGGGUUACGCAGAGGAAUCCAGGUCCCGGGACCGCUGGCUCCGAGACUCCCAUCGAAGAAGCCAUCUGAGGGAAUCGGAGAGAAAACGGCAAGAGCGGGUCGGCCCGUGGGCACCACCGGACGGACGGCUCUCCCGCCUCCCGGCCACCGGUUCUGUUUCCAUAGAAACCCUCCAGCAGGAGCAGCAACCUAAGCGUCACGGACCAGCUCUCUUCCUAAAGGCAACCCCCGAGUUUCAGGGGAGUCGGUGGAGUUUCCGCAUCCGAGCCGUGAACCUCCGGGAGAAGGAGGACACCGAGGCUGACGGAAGGUAGAGGGGCUUUAGCUUUGGUCGACGAGCCCCAUGGACAGGAGGCGCUAGCCCACCAGAGUCCUUGUCAAGGGGUGCUGGGCUGGACCCGUGUGUAGUCAGGAUUUAACGCCUGGCCAUCCCAAGGCAGUAAAGACGGCUCGGGGUUGGCGUGUGGGCUCAGUGGAGGCAAGGGACCGUCUAGGAGGGUGUUGCCCAUUGAGCUGCUGGACUGGAUCCCCGGAAGCGUCUGCCGCAGACCCUCAAGCUGCGGGUCAUUGAAGGUCCAGAAAGAGCCUCCCUCUUGCUCAACCAGACACUCCACCCUGAAAAGGUCCUAGAGGAGAGCGAAAGGGCCCAGGACACUCGAUCCAGAGGUGGGCCUGGAGCCGGAAAGCAGCCGGGAGCAGGGAGAAAUCGAGUCUAAUUGAGCCUCUGCUCCGGUCCAGCCCCACAAUGGGGAUUCAGCGGCCCUACCAGAGAUCCCCACAUCUCCGGGCGUGCCCGGCGGCCCUUCCAUACAAGGGUCCGUGGCCCCCAUCCUGGCCGAAAUGGGCACCGGGCCUGGGGGAGAUCGGUCCGCUGGGCAGCUCGGUGAACCGCGGGAAUUGAAAUCGGAUUUUUAGAAGCCAGCCCUGAGAGGUUCUCUCUCUACUCACACGCGGGGGCGGCCUUGGCGAGGAGGCUCACGGCAAGGAAAAUGAGUCUUCAGCCGAUGUCACGCAGGCAGGCAGGCUGGCGGAGCCCACGCCUGCUCGUGCUGUCAGGAGAGUCUCCCCUAAAUUCUUAAGGGCAGAAGGGUGGGGGUGCACGUGCUAUGGUAGUGCUGAUACACCUGGGGGGAGAAAGAGAGAGAGAAAAAACGUGCGUGAGUAUGUGUGCGCACGCUUGACUUCUCUUCCCACGGAGCUGAGCAGUCAGAAUCCCUUGGGGUUGAGGCCUUUGGCCCAUUCUCCGGCUGCCCUUCCGCCCCCUGAAAGGCCAGACCUCAGGAGGGCGGCAGCGGACUCCCCUCACUGUUAGCCCCACCUUCAGGGAGGACCGCCCCAUGUCCGCUGCCUGUAAUGGUGGCCGAGCAUCUGGGAAUGGGAAGUCCUUCCCCUCCCCCCUGCCCGGUGCACACCCAGCGGGGUCUCCCGGGGUAGGGAAGAGGCUGGGUCCCCAAGCCAAACAGUCUUUCCCUCCGGACCGGACGGACCCGCUGGGGGCAACCCUGCCCCCGACCACCUCCCUAGCCUGCACUGCCCACAGCCUCAGACAGCGACGCCCCCGGUCCCGCCUCACCGACCGGGGGCUCCCAGCCUUCACCCCCCCGCCUCCCGGGGCCAGACCAAACCCCACGCCACCGACCACCGCGGCCGAGCUGCCUUUCGCCACAGGAGCCAAAGCAAUAUCCGAAAAGGCCCCAUUACCGUAGGGCCGGGGCCAGAGAGAAGCUCUGACGCCAAUUCCCCGGAGGCCUGGCCUUUCAGGUGACCCUAACUACCUCAGGUUUGCAGACCCUGGACUAAGCUGGUUACUCACGGGGACAAACCGAGGGGUUUCCGAUCCAACCGUCGUCUCCAGACUCAGAACCCCUUUCCUCUUGUCUUUUUCUUUUCUCUUUCCGUGUGUUUUCUAACCUGUCCCAAGGGUCCAUUAGAACCAUUCCCAAUUUUCCUCAGCAGGCACCUGCCUCUUUCCCAGGGCGGGUGGUACUAUACCAUUCGGUUCCCUCUCCCCAACAAGAAGUCUAAUUAUUACGGUAUUAAGAUUCCCCACUCCCCUUUGUAUAAUGCGUCGUACAUGUUUCCGAUUUUUAAAUAAAUAUUUCCACCCAGCUAGAA